AGAAAAAAGUGAAAUUCAUUCAUGCAUUUCAUGUUGCUAUAUAAGUCCAAUUGGGAAUUCAAAGAACUGACAGUUUGGUUUUCAAUUAUCGAACAAGUGUGAAGAUCACACAAGGCCUUCUUUUUCUCCACCUGCCUCUAAUGGUGACCAUGAUUCAGAAUCUUUCUUUGAAUUAUACUGAAAUAUAAUUCUGAUUGGGUAUGUACGCGGCAAUGUUCCCUCAUGUUUGGGGAACUUUAGCCAAUCUUUAGAAAAUCUGAAGCUAAAUGGGAACAAGUUGUCUGGCCUCAUUCCUCAAGCAUACAUGAUAGGAAAUGCACUUCAUCAUAUUGAUCUGAGCAACAACAAUAUGCAAGGUCAGUUGCCAAGGGAAUUGAUCAACAGUAGAAAACUUGAGUACUUUGAUGUUAGUCAUAACAAUAUCAAUGAUUCAUUUCCAUUCUGGCUGGGAGAGUUACCUGACUUAAAGGUAUUGGGUUUAAGUAACAAUGAAUUUCAUGGAGACAUUAGGUGCUCUGGAAAUAUGACGUGCACGUUUCCAAAGAUUCACAUCAUCGACCUUUCUCACAACGAGUUCUCUGGAAGUUUUCCACCAGAAAUGAUCCCAAGUUGGAAAGCAAUGAAAACUUCUAAUACAAGUCAAUUACAGUACGAUCAAAGUUCACAAGUUGUUGAGAUCACGAAUCGUGAAGCGACUGUGACAAGAAAGGAUCCUUAUUCGUUCAUGAUGUCAAACAAAGGGCUGGUCAUGACUUAUGAGAAGCUUCAACAGUUUUACAGCAACUUCAUAGCCAUUGAUAUUUCAAGCAACAAAAUCAGUGGAGAGAUACCACAAGUCAUAGGUGACUUGAAGGGUCUUAUUUUGCUCAACCUGUCAAAUAACAUCCUUAAUGGCAGCAUUCCACUUUCCUUUGGGAAGCUUUCAAACCUUGAAGCACUGGAUCUUUCUCUCAACAAUCUUUCUGGAAAGAUUCCCCAACAGUUAGCACAACUUACUUUUUUGGAGUUCCUAAAUGUGUCCUUCAACAAUCUCUCAGGUCCUGUACCUCAGAAUAAGCAAUUCGCUACAUUCCAAGAUAAUUCAUUUGAGGGUAACCAAGGUUUGUGUGGAGAGCAAUUGUUGAAGAAGUGUAUAGAACACGGAGGGCCAUCUUUUUCUCCACCUUCUGCCCCUGAUGUUGACCAUGAAUCAGAAUCUUUGUUUGAACUUUACUGGAAUGUAAUUCUGAUUGGGUAUGUAGGUGGUCUUGUUGCCGGCGUGGUAUUAGGAAGCGCUUUCUACCCGGAUGUAGUUGGAUGGCUUAAAAGGUUCUUUUGAGUUGAAAACAAAAAGCCUCUCUUUCUCUUGUAUUUAUUGUUCUCAUCUGUUAUAGUUUAUUUUUAUUGUUGUGACUACUUAUAAUAAGUGUGUGCUUUGUAUGGUAUAGUUUUCAUUUGUUCUUGUGAUUGAUUGCCUCUAGUAAUUAACAGUGUGCUUUGGACCACAUUUUGGUGUUUGAAUGAGGUUACCAAAAAGUAUAAUUGUUGUGGCUUAUUUGAAUUUGAA